AUGGGCAUCUUUGGCGGCGCAAACGCCAAGGUCAAGGCCGCGCCCACGGCCAUCCGGCGCGAAAAGGUGGUCGUGCAGCAGAAGCCCAAGCCGCGCCCUGCCACCUCCACAACCUCUUCCGCGGCGCGAUCCCUUGCGCCCCCGCCGAACGGCUAUGCGCGCUCCAAGAGCGGCUCGCCUUACCCGUCCUCGGCCGAUGAGCGCUCUCGGAAGCGCAAGGCUAUAAUAAGCACGCCAAGAGAUUCGCCAGCAUUCGACGACGAUUCGAGCGACGACGGCGCCGAGGACGACGACCCCUUUAGCAGCGUACAUCACAACAAGCGCUUGCGAGCGAAUGGGCUGAAAACCGAUGUAAAUCGGAAGUUACGGCACAAGAAAGCAUUUGGCGACGAGGUUAGGGAGCCGCGCAUAGUCCACGGCGCCGAUGUCGCCUCGACCAAGAACAACUGCCCCCCCAUCUUUGGCGCAAAGGAGGACGAGGUCGCGGUUGAGCUGCAGUACCCGUCGAAUUCGAAACCUGAAAAGUAUGAGCUUGUGUGGAGAAAAGAUUAUCUCAACUCUGUCAAGGAUAUCAUUGAGGUGGUUCAGCACGUUGGGCAUACAUACGUCACGGGAGCCGACGCAACUCCGUUUAUUGAUCUGAACGGCGGCUUUCAUCGACAGCUCGAGCGCUCCUCCAGCGACAAUUUUGGCAACGUUGCAGACUUCAAGGCGGCCGUGAAGGGAUAUAAUGCCCGGCUCCUCGAUCUUGUCAAAAAUGGUACCAUCGCGAAGAACCUCGACCAACUCCAUCACCUCCCACCGAGUCUCGUCACGUUCAUCCUCACCCAAGUCUACGACCGGAUAGUCGCACCAAAAGUCGACAACCUCAAGAAAUACACCAUGGGCAGCGACAAUGUCUAUGGCGAGCUCAUGCACGAUUUCGUGCACAGGAUCCUCGUCGAGCAGGCCCAGAUGACAUCCGACCAAAUCUUUGUCGAUCUCGGCUCGGGUGUAGGCAAUGUCGUCCUCCAGGCUGCUCUUGAAGUUGGCUGCAGCAGCUACGGCUUUGAGAUGAUGGAGAAUGCUUGCGACCUCGCCGAGGAGCAGGAGCGCGAGUUCCGCAACCGUUGCCUACUCUGGGGCAUUGCGCCAGGUCGAGUCUCACUCGAGAGAGGUGACUUCACCAAGAGCGAGAAGGUGCCUCAAGUACUCAAGAAGGCAGAUGUUGUGCUGGUCAACAACAAGGCUUUCACCUCGACCUUGAAUGAUCACCUGGUUAGCAUGUUCCUCGAUCUCAAGCCUGGUUGCAAAAUCAUCUCUCUUAAGAAUUUUGUACACGACAACAAGGCGGCCGCCAACAGUGUUGCCAACAACAUCUUGGAAGUCGAGCAGUUCCGUUACCACGAGGGCUGGGUGAGCUGGGGUGCUGCUGGUGGCGACUACUUUGUAUCGACAAAGAAGUAAAGACACAGCUGUGCAGAUUGCCGCGGAAGGCAAUCUGUCGCCAAGAGACGUGCUCUUUUGUACGUGAUGGAGAGUGCCUUACGCGGCCCAUGGGGCCUUUUGUUGCAACGAUACCACUUUUUGUAUAGACCGACCGGUGCCUAUUCCCGAUGAGAAAGAAGUGGAAUGGGCAAGCCGGACCGGGCAUUUCUUGUAAAUAAAUAUAAAGAACACA